CUUUUUUUGCUGUUAUCUUCUCUCCUUUUUUUUUUUUUUUAAUAUGCAAAUGGAGUGGAAUCAGGGCAAACGCAAUGUUCUUUUAGUCGGGCAAGUUUACCUGGACACAAUAUUACACGUGAGUGGUUUUCCUGAAGAAGACACUAAAACAAGAGCCAACUCUGUUGAACAAAGAAUAGGUGGCAAUACCUGUAACACUGCUCAAGUGUUGACACAAUUUGAUCAUAUGAAUGUGUGUUACAUGUCUGCUGCCGGAUCCCGUGAAACAUCCAGUUAUAUCACAGAUAUGCAUAAAGAAAAGCAGAUAAAAGAUUUUUUUCUUUAUAGAGACGCUUCCAUCACACCUUCAUCUACCAUCAUACACAAUGAAUUAACUGGAUCCAGAACUAUCCUCUCCCAUAACGAUAUUCAAGACAUUACAUGCGCUGAAUUUAGAGAGACCUUUAAUCACCUCAAUAAAUAUGACAACUGGUGGGUUCAUUUCGAAGGUCGAAACAUAUCUGAAACCGUUUUUCAAAUUGACUGGUUAAGUAACAAGGCAACAGAUGAAGGUUGGAGACGUCAGUUAGUGAUAUCAGUAGAAUUAGAGAAACCUCUCAGAGAUGACAUUGAAUGUUUGAUUCCAAGGGCCGACAUCGUCUUCUUUUCCAAAAUAUUUGCUCAACAUCAUGGGUUCAAAGACGCUAUCUCAUUUUUAAAAAAUUGGGAUGUAUUGAACACACAAUUAAAACCAAGUGCGAAGGCAUUUUGUACUUGGGGAGAAGAUGGUGCUGCUGUACUAGAUAACGAAACCAAAACAUUUUAUCACGCACCGGUUUUGCACAAGAUAGAAAAGGUGAUUGAUACAGUAGGUGCGGGUGAUACGUUCAAUGCGGGUAUCAUUUCUUGCCUCUCACGUAAUGGUCAGGAUAUCAAAAGUGCGACACAGUAUGCAUGUACCUUAGCUACAAAUAAAGUAGCUCAAAAAGGUUUUGAUGGUUUAUCACUCAUUUAAUAAAAUCCUUUUUUGUAUAGUCAACGCCA